AUGUCAAUAACAGAGGCGAGCAAUGAUGAGUCAUUUGUUUUACCCAUUCAAUCCUACAUUGGGUUCAUAAAAGACUUGAGUGACUAUGCCACUGAAUGUCAACACGACGUCACACAAGGAGAACAAGACUCUAGAACUCUGGCAAUACAUGAAAGUACGGCUUUUCUGGCCGAUUCGAGCACUGUCAUCACGACUUCUCACAAUCACCAGAUUUUGGAUCAAGAGAUCAAGCAUCUACAAGACAUGAUCACUGAAGUUCGAGAAUGGUGUGAAGAAGAAGAAAACACAUGCACUUUUUUACUUCAAAGAACAACAGAAACAGUCUUCCAAUCGCCCUUCGCCGAUGAUUGUCGGACUGAGAUCACCAAUCGUUUUAUCACUCUCGGACAACAACAUGACGCUUAUCAAGCGGCGUUACAACUAGCAUGCUCAAAUGGUACUUAUUGA